AAAAUUUUCACUUUACUUAGCUGCUGCUUUUUUCUCAAGCACUCUUUAUUUCUUUUCAUUACUCUACUUCAUUUACACAUUCACAAUGUCUGCUCCUGUUAUUCUUCAUUUAAGGGCUGAAACCAAACCUUUAGAAGCUCGUGCUGCUUUGACUCCCAGUUCAGUCAAAAAACUCCUAGAAGUUGGCUUUAAAAUCUACGUUGAAAAAUCCUCUCAAUCAAUUUUCAGCAUUGAGGAAUAUAAAGAUGCCGGUGCUAUCAUUGUUCCUGAGGGUUCUUGGAAAACUGCUCCCAAAGACAGAAUCAUCAUUGGUUUGAAAGAAUUACCUGAUGAAACCUUUCCUUUAAUUCACACACACAUCCAGUUUGCUCAUUGUUACAAAAAACAAGCUGGUUGGCAGGAUGUUCUUAAAAGAUUUCCAGCAGGAAAUGGUUUGUUAUAUGAUUUAGAAUUUUUAGAAAAUGACCAAGGCAGAAGAGUUGCUGCUUUUGGUUUUUACGCUGGUUUUGCUGGUGCUGCUUUAGGUGUCAAAGAUUGGGCUUUCAAACAAAUUCAUUCUGACUCUGAAAAUUUACCAGCUGUUUCUGCAUACCCAAACGAAACCGAAUUAAUUGAUGAUAUUAAGAACGACCUUGCAGCUGUUCCAAAUAACCAAAAGCCAACAGUGCUAGUGAUCGGUGCUUUAGGUAGAUGUGGUUCAGGUGCAAUUAAAUUUUUACAAGAUGUUGGAAUUCCUGAUAAAAAUAUUAAAAAAUGGGAUUUGGAAGAAACCAAACCAGGUGGUCCAUUCAAAGAAAUUGCUGAUUCUGAUAUUUUCAUCAACUGUAUUUAUUUAUCAAAACCAAUUCCUCCUUUUAUCAACUAUGAUUUACUAAAUGCAAAAGAUAGAAAAUUAAGAACAAUUGUUGAUGUAUCUGCUGAUACUACAAACCCUCAUAACCCAAUUCCUGUUUAUAGGAUUGCAACCGUUUUCAAUGAUCCAACUGUUUUAGUGGAAACCACUCAGGGUUCAAAAAUAUCUGUUAUUUCAAUUGAUCAUUUACCAAGUUUGCUACCAAGAGAAGCAAGUGAAUUUUUUGCUCAUGAUUUAUUACCAAGUUUAUUAGAAUUACCAAACAAAGAAACCGCUAGAGUUUGGGUCAAAGCUGAAAGCUUGUUUAAAAAACAUGUUGCUGAAUUAAGGAGACAACACAAAUUAUAGAUUAUUACAAAUAUUCAUUUUAAUAUUAUUAUGAUUUUAACUAAUGCUAUGACUAUGAUUAUAAAUAUAUAAUCUAACUAUUUUUACGUAUAAAACUAUUCUAUUUCAAUAGCAGGCUUACUGGGAAAAGUUUGAUUCUGAUUCUUAUUUUUUGAAUUCUUAUUUGAAUUUUUAUUUUU